GGAAAAGUUUGCUUCAUAUACUUUUUCCUGCAAGCCUCCGCAUCCACCCCAUCUCUCCUCACACAAUACCUUUAAACCAAAACCCCCAAAACCCGUUAACCUAUUCGACGAUUCAACUCAACAAUGGAAUCCGUUAACUUCUUCAAAGGCUAUGGCAAACUAAGCCACCUCGAAAGCCAAAACCCUCGCCGAAGAUCUGCCUCAGCCGCCAUCACCAUCUCUGCUAUCCUCCUCUUCACUUUAGUCAUCGGCUUCACCCUUGCUGCCUUGUUGCUGCAACCCAUCAAUGACAAAGAUCCCACCGACUCGGCCUCCGCCUCUUCUUUAUCUUCCAACUUGGUUGAGUCUAUCAAGACCAUCUGCAACGUGACUCGGUACCCUGACUCAUGUUUCACCGCUCUAUCUUCUCUGAACGCCUCUACAAAACCUGACCUAGAGGCCUUCCUUGACCUCUCUCUCCAAGUAGCCAUCACCCAUCUCUCCGACCUCUCUUCCUCAUUCAAGUCCCUCAACGAUCUCCACUCUCAGCCUGCUUUAAAAGACUGCUUGACCCUGUUUGAUGACGCCCUCAGUCGACUCAACGACUCAGUGUCUGCCAUGAAGGUGGGUACCGGGAAGGAGCUUGUGUUGACUAAGGAGAAGAUCAGUGAUAUCCAGACUUGGAUCAGUGCUGCAAUGACUGAUCAGGACACGUGUAAUGAUGGGUUAGAAGAGAUGGGAUGGACGGCUGCUGAUGAAGUCGUAAAAUCUCAAUCCCAAAGCUGUAAAGAGUCGAUUAGUAAUAGUUUGGCCAUUGUUGCUAAUAUGCAGAAUCUUCUACAAAAGUGUGGUCGCACCAUGCACUGAAAUGUUAUUUGGGUUUGAAUUCCAUGUAUUCAUGUAGAGAGGGCUCUUGUUUUGUUGUUCUGUAAGGUGGUCCAAAUAUAAAUGUGUAAAUUUUACAGUUUGAAAAGAUUGUAUGCAAUCCCAAAUUGUGUAUUGUGUUCACAAUAUACUGUUUAAAUAAUGGUUAAUAGGAAUCGAUUGUGAAGUAA